GACGCAGCACCCGGUGUGCUGACCUUCCCCGAGCCCGGCCACGGCCUCCGGCGGCAGAAGAGGGACUGGGUCAUCCCUCCCAUCAACUGCCCCGAGAAUGAGCGGGGCCCCUUCCCCAAGAAGCUGGUGCAGAUCAAAUCCAACAAGGACAAGGAGACCAAGGUUUUCUACAGCAUCACGGGGCAGGGGGCGGACACCCCCCCCGUGGGCGUCUUCACCAUCGAGCGGGAGACGGGGUGGCUGGAGGUGACGAAGCCGCUGGACCGGGAGGAGAUCGAUAAAUACGUGCUCUUCUCCCACGCCGUGUCGGCCAACGGGCAGCCCGUGGAGGACCCCAUGGAGAUCAUCAUCACCGUGACGGACCAGAACGACAACCGGCCCGUCUUCACCAAGCAAGUCUUCAUCGGCUACAUCGAGGAAAACGCGAAGCCAGGCACGUCCGUGAUGACCGUGAACGCCACGGAUGCAGACGAUGGGAUCAACGUCAACAACGGCAUCAUUGGCUACUCCAUCCUCAGCGAGGAGCCCAAGAGCGUGCAUCAGAUGUUCACCAUCAACCGGGAGAAGGGCAUCAUCAGCGUCAUCGGCACAGGGCUGGACCGGGAGGACGUGAACGACAACGGGCCCAUGCCGGAGCCCCGGAUCUUUGACAUCUGCAACCGGCAGCCCGAGGAGCAGGUGCUGACCAUCGUCGACAAGGACCUGCCCCCCAACACCUACCCCUUCCAGGCAGCGCUGGAGCACGGCUCCGGCACCAACUGGACCGUAAGGGUGACCGGACAAGGUAGGUGCCGCAUGGUCUGGCCCAGCCACCCACCUUUGGUGUGGGGCGGUGGGGGACGCUGA